AUGAAGGCAGAAAUGGCAGUUCACAUGUACGCCGCAAACACGUCGAUAAAGGACAAGUGUAUCUAUAAUUCGGAUGGCGAUUUGCUCAUUGUUCCCCAAUGUGGGACCCUUAAGAUAACUACGGAGUUUGGUCGAAUCAAAGUGUCACCGCACAAAAUCUGCGUCAUCCAGCGUGGUAUUCGCUUCUCUGUUGAUCUGGACGGGCCAUCUCGCGGAUAUAUGCUAGAGGUCUUCAAGCGUCACUUUGUGCUGCCUGAUCUUGGUCUGUUGGAGCUAAUGGUCUCGCGAAUCCGCGGGACUUUGAGCACCCAAGUGCUGCUUACGAGGAUUGCGAGUGUGAGUACUUGGUUGUUAACAAGUUUGGCGGCCAGUUGUUUCAACUCGCAUGACUUUUCUCCGUUAAAUGUUGUCGCAUGGCAUGAAAACUAUGUCCCGUACAAGUACAAUCUGGACAAGCUUUGUACAAUAGAUACCGUGUCUUUCGACCAUCCGGUAAACCUCACAGGCUCAGAGAUGAUCGCUGAAACUAAAGUAUCUAGUAUUUUCGCGCUGCAGGACCCUUCGAUUUAUUGCGUUCUCACAUGUCAGACAGAGGAAUCUGGCAAUGCUGUAGCAGAAUUUGUCAUUUUCCCGCCAAGAUGGAUGGCUCAGGAGCACACAUUUCGUCCGCCAUACUUUCACCGCAAUUGUAUGAGCGAGUUCAUGGGUAUGAUUUACGGCAUUUAUGAUGCCAAAAGUGGAGGUGAGGACGGAUUUGCGCCAGGUGGUGCAUCACUACACAGCGUUGAUACGCCGCAUGGGCCUGAUGCAGCAACCUUUCUUGCUGCAUCAAAUGCGCAACUACAACCAAAAAAGUUCGAUGGUGGACUCACAUUUAUGUAUGAGUCGACUUAUCUAAUUAAGCUUACAAAUUAUGCUUGA